AUGGACAAUGCCACAUACCAUUCUACCUUAACAGAAGAGUACCCUAAGGCAAAUACUCGAAAGGCAGAUGUACAAAAAUGGUUACAAAACAAGUCUGUGGACUUUUCUCCAGUAGAGACAUUAAGCGAACUACGUGAAAAAGUCAAAAAGUCGAUGCCAAAGGAAAAAAAAUAUAAGCUGGACGAAAUUGCACUGCAAAUGGGCCAUGAAGUGGUAAGACUUCCUCCUUACCACUAUCAAUAUAAGCCGAUUGAACUAAUCUGGGCGCAAGUUAAGGGUAAAGUCGCGGAAAAAAAUAACACCUUCAAAAUGUCAGAUGUAGAAAUAUUAGUAAAUAGUGCUUUAAAUGCAGUAACAACAGAAGAUUGGGCAAAAUGUGGCGAACACUGCAACAAAAAUCAAGAAGACGAUUUGAUUAAGGAAGGUUUAAGAGACGAAAUUUUGGAGCCUAUUAUUAUCACAAUUAAUCCUGACGAUAGUUCUACUGACGAAGACGAUGAUGAAGAUGAUAAUACUAAUUAA